UGCGAUCUAGACCCCUGACAAGGGCUGCCCCAUCUGCAGUCGCUUGGGCUCCCUGGACAAACCACGGCUUCUUUGCAGUGUUCAGCCAAGGAGACAAAGGCACCUCGUGGUACAUCAUCUGGAAGGGCUCAGUGAACGUGGUCACCCAUGGCAAGGGCCUGGUGACCACCCUGCACGAGGGGGAUGACUUUGGACAGCUGGCGCUGGUGAACGAUGCCCCCCGAGCCGCCACCAUCAUCCUGCGGGAGGACAACUGCCAUUUCCUGCGCGUGGACAAGCGAGACUUCAACCGCAUCCUCAAGGAUGUUGAGGCCAAUACCAUGCGCCUGAAGGAGCACGGGAAGGUGGUGCUAGUGCUGGAGAAGAACCUGCAGGGGAGCGGCUCCAGCAACCAGUCACCGUCUGCGGGGAGCAGUAGGUACUCGGUGAUGGCUGGGACCCCUGACAAGAUUCUGGAGCAUUUGUUGGAAGCCAUGAGGCUGGACGCGACGUUCUCAGACCCCCUGGAUACCUUGGUUGGGGAUUUCCUGCUGACCUACAAUGUGUUCAUGCCAACCACCCAGUUCUGCAGAGCCCUGCUGCACCAUUUCCAUGCGGAGCCCUCCGAGGGCUCGGAGCAGGAGAAGGCUGUCUACUCCCUCAGCAAGCGGCAGAAGAUCGUGAGGCUGGUCAGCCAGUGGGUGUUGCUCUACGGGUCCCUCUUGCAGGCCGAGCACUGUGCCAUAACCCUGCUGCAGAACCUCUCGGACUUCGUGAGCCGGGAUCCUCGCCUGUGCAACCUGCUCCGGGACCAGACACAGGAUCGUCGAAGGAACAGAACAACUGGAAGGGACCUUGAAAGAUCAUUGAGUCCAGCCCCCUGCCUUCGGGCCCACGGGCUCUCAUCCGUGUGUGUUUCUCCUCUUUGCAGACUGGAGAACGGUGGCGGAAGCGCAUCUCCACAGUCCAAGGUUCGGAGCACAGUGAACUGGAUCGCCAGCCUGGAGGAUGCCACGCUGAAUAACAGCUGUGCCAUCGGAGCCCAGGACAAAGUGCCCUACGACGUCUACAGAGCUGACCACUCCUGCCUCACCGUGGUGCUGCCAGUGAACGCCUCCGUGCGCGACGUGCUCCAGUCCCUCACCCGCCAAGAGGGCGGGCACGGCGAGCGCAUGCUGGUCAAGGUCAACUCAGCAGGGGAUAAAGCGGGGCUGCAGAUGGACACCAUCGGUGUGUUCACAUCCCUGGGCCUGAACGAGAGACUCUUUGUUGUGAAUGUCCAGGAGCUGCACACCCUGACCCCUCAUCCCGAGCAGCUGGGGCCCACCGUUGGCUCCUCAGAGACCCUGGACCUCAUCAGCUCCAAGGACUUGGCCAGUCAGCUGACGGAUUACGACUGGAACCUCUUCAGCAGCGUCCACCAGGUGGAGCUGAUCUAUUACAUCUUUGGGCAGCAGACGUUUCCCAGCGCGACCACGGCGAACCUGGAGCGCGUCAUGCGGCGCUUCAACGAGCUGCAGUACUGGAUCGCCACCGAGCUCUGCCUCUGUGCGGAGCCGGGCAGGCGCGCCCAGCUGCUCAGGAAGUUCAUUAAGCUGGCGGCACACCUCAAGGAGCAGAAGAACCUGAAUUCCUUCUUCGCGGUGAUGUUUGGUCUGAGCAACACGGCUGUGAGUCGCCUCGCCAAGACCUGGGAGAGGCUGCCGCACAAAACCAGGAAGCUGCACUCAGCGCUGGAGCGUAUGCUGGACCCGUCCUGGAAUCACAGAGUCUACAGACUGGCCAUCGCCAAACUGACCCCGCCCAUCAUCCCCUUCGUGCCCCUCCUUCUCAAAGACAUGACCUUCAUCCACGAGGGCAACCGCACGCUGGCAGAGAACCUCAUCAACUUUGAGAAGAUGCGAAUGAUGGCCAAGGCCGUACGUAUCAUCCACCACUGCCAGAGCCACACGUACGCUCCCAUGUCCCCACUGCGGAGUCGUGCCCCCCAGCUGCUGGAGGACCCCCAGGCCCUGCGGAUCUCCACCUGCUCUGAGCAGUCCCUGUGCGGGCGGAGUCCUGCCUCCACCCGGGCCUACCUCCAGCACCUGAAAGUGAUCGACAACCAGAAGGAGCUGUCACGGCUUUCCCGGGACCUCGAGUCCUGAUGCUUGGGACCAGGGGCGGAGCAGGAGGGGCCAGGCUAGAACCUCCAAGGGGGGCACUCCUCAGCCCACCAGCCCAUUGCCCCUGCCUGGCUGCACCAGGGCAGUUGUGCAUGCCCUCCACCUCCUGGGAGAGGGCUGCCCAUGCAUUCCGACUGUCCCCACUGCAGAGGGACCCCGCCGCAGCCCAUCUGCCAGACCGCCUGCCCAGCCAGGACCGGGGACCACUCGGGCUGUACCAUUCCUCUCAGACUUGGAGCCAGCUGGCUAGAGCCUGGAGCAGUAACGGGCCAGCCCCAAUGAUGGCGUCUGCUAUGAAGAGAGACAGGGAGGGGCAAGGCCGGGGGAAGAAGGGCUGGACACUCUGGCUUCGCCCACCGCUGUCAAUAGAAGUAUUUUUUGUACACA